AUGGACAUCUCUGAUGCCAACGACACCAAGAACAACUUCUGCGUGACCCCUGGCUGGGGCUCCAUGAGGCUGGCUAAGCCUCUUCUGGCUGGCGCUCAGUACCGUUUGUACGUGAAGAUGAUCCCGACGGCCGAGGAUCCAAGCAUCUUCCUAGGAGAUGUGUAUAUCCUGCAAGAUUCGACCGUUGUGGGCAUAGUUGGUGCCAUGAAACUCCGACGUUAUCCACGUCUGCUUCUGAAGCGCUCCUUCCGUGGCCCCGUCGAUACCGAAGCCGAAGCCGACUGUAUCAGGCCUGCCAGAUGCAACCGUCGGACCGGCAGAGACGAACAAAGCCAUGGCACUCGUGGCUGCUGA